AUGGCGACCUCCCAACUAGCCUACGGCGUCGAAAAGAUUGUCGGCAAUGGCCCCGAGCAGAUCAAGCAGGACAUCUCCAACUACAAGGCCCCAGAAACCGGUGAUGCCUCGCACCUCAUGAAGGCCCUUGUCUGGGAGGGAUCCAAGAAGGUCGCCGUCGUCGAGGUGCCCAAGCCCAAGAUCGUUGAGCCCACCGACGUCAUUCUCAAGGUCACCGGCUCGACCAUUUGCGGCUCCGACCUCCAUCUCUUCCACGGCGCCGUCAUGCAGAUGAACAAGGGCGACAUCCUCGGCCACGAGUUCUGCGGUAUCGUCGAGCAGGUCGGCCCCGCCGUCAAGAAGGCUCAGGUCGGCAAGCGCUAUGUCGUUUCUUUCCAGAUUGCCUGCGGCGACUGCUUCUUCUGCAAGAACAAGCUCUCUUCCCAGUGCGAGGUCACCAACUCGAAUACCCAGACCAAGGCCAUGUACGGCGGCCGCACCGCUGGAAUCUUUGGCUACUCCCACUUGACGGGCGGUUUUGCCGGUGGUCAGGCCGAGUACGUCCGUGUGCCGUUGGCCGACGCCAACCUGCUCGAGAUCCCCGACGACGUCCCCGAUGAGAAGGCCCUCUACCUUUCCGACGUGCUUCCGACCGCUUACAACGCCGUCAAGGAUACCGCCGUGUAUCCUGGUGACACCCUCGCAAUCUUUGGUGGUGGUCCCAUUGGCCAGAUGGUGGGCGUGUUCGCGCUGUGGGAGGGAGCCAGCAAGGUCAUCUACGUCGAUACGGAGCCAAGACUUACCUUCAUCAAGAACCACUGGCCAGCUGAGCAUGCCGACAAGCUCCACCUCAUUGACUUCAAGCAGCUCAGCUUUGGAAUCACCAAUAAGGAGACUGUUGUUAGCAAGUUGAAGGAGUUGACCGGUGGUCGCGGCCCAGACGUCGCCAUCGAUUGCGCUGCCGGAGAGUAUGCCAAGGGCUGGCUCCAUUGGCUCGAGAUGCAGGUUGGCGCUGAGACCGAUACCAGCGAGAUCAUCAACGAGAUGAUUGAGGGCGUAAGGAAUUACGGCAGAGUUGGGUUGACCGGUGUCUAUGUCGGCUACACCAACCACUUCAACGUCGGCUCUCUCAUGCAGCGCGGUAUCCGCCUCAUCGGCAACGGUCAGGCACCUGUGCACAAGUACUGGGAGGAAUUGUUGCAGAAGAUCCGCGAGGGCACCCUCGAUCCUGGCAUCAUGGUUUCCCACCGUGUCCGCCUGGAUGACAUGGACAAGGUCUAUCACAAGUUUGAUGCCAAGGAGGACUCGAUGCAAAAGGUUUUCGUCGAGACCAAGUUCUCUCUGCCCAGGGCCCAAGGAACUCCCGAGUUGACGACCUAUGAGAAGUGA